GCCGCCCCGGGAUAAGGCGCGGCACGGGGAGCGCGGAGCCCCACGGAGCCGCGGGCAGCGCCGAGCCCACCCGUGUCCGCACCCACCCGUGCCAUGCGGGGCGGCGCGGGGGGCGACGGGGGCAAGCAGCACCCCCGGCACCGGCCAUGAGCCCCCCGUGACCGGCCCCGCCAUGCGCCCCGCGGUUCGGGACCUGCCCCCAGGCGGGCGCCUGGCGGCUCUGCUGCUGGCGGCGCUGGCUUGGGUGCCCAGCAGGGCUCCCGCCUGCCCCGCGCUCUGCACCUGCUACGUCUCACCACCCACCGUCAGCUGCCAGGCCAACAACUUCUCCUCAGUGCCCUCGGGGCUCCCGCCCGGUGCCCGCCGACUCUUCCUGCAGAACAACAUCAUCGGGGCGCUGCGGGCGGGCACCUUCGGGCCCAGCACCGUCACCCUCUGGCUCUACUCCAACAACAUCUCCUCCAUCCAGCCGGGCACCUUCCGACACCUGCCCGCCCUGGAGGAGCUCGACCUGGGUGACAACCCGCACCUCCGCGUCCUGGCGCCUGACACCUUCCAUGGCCUCCGGCGCCUCCAGGCCCUGCACCUCUACCGGUGCCAGCUGGCCAGCCUGCCCAGCACCAUCUUCCGCGGCCUCCACAGCCUCCAGUACCUCUACCUGCAAGAGAACGGGCUGCUCUACCUCCAGGACGACCUCUUUGCUGACCUGGCCAACCUGAGCCACCUCUUCCUCCACGGGAACCGGGUGCGGGUGCUGUCGGAGGGCGUCUUCCGUGGCUUGCCCAGCCUGGACCGCCUGCUGCUGCAUGCCAACCGCCUGGUCGCCAUCCACCGCCGCGCCUUCCGUGGCCUGGCACGCCUCACCAUCCUCUACUUGUUCAACAACAGCCUGGCCGCACUGCCGGGGGACCCGCUGGCUGCCCUGCCUGCGCUCCAGUUCCUGCGCCUCAACGCCAACCCCUGGGCAUGCGACUGCCGCGCACGCCCACUCUGGGCCUGGUUCCGCCGCACUCGUGUAUCCAGCUCACCCGUGCCCUGCGCCAGCCCUCCGCACCGCCGCGGCACUGACCUGCGACACCUCCGCCCACGCGACUUUGAUGCCUGCCCGGACAACGGUGAUGAAGAUGGCGAUGGCGACGGCGCCAACGGGGUGGCGGUGAUGGGCACCCCUGGAAGAGCACUCGGCCGCCCCGGCACGCUGCCUGCCGCUCCGCCCUCUGCCUUUUACCGCGAUGGGCUGCCGCCCCACGACCUGCGCGGCCCCCAGCCUCGGCCGCCCCCGCCGUCCCGCGACUCCCGACGCCCUGAUGGUGACCCCGGCUGCCCACGGGACCCCUGCGUGCCCCCAGCUGCCGCCGCCCCCCACGCACCCCCCGGCCUCCUGUCCCUCCUGGCUCUGCUGCUGCCCCGGCUCUGAGUCCCCACAUGGGGGCAAGGACUGCAGGGGCUGUCAGGGUUCCCCUGUCCCAGCGGGAAAAACCCAACAGAACCGCGAGGUGGGAGAUUAUU